AUGAUAUCGGACUCACAUUUUGAACAAAUCUAUCAAUCCUCGAAUGAAGCAGCCUCAUCAAGCAAUGUCAUUUCAUCACUCUCAUGGGUUCCACGUGGUACUUUUAAAUUAGUUCCUACCAUUUUGGCAGAUACCAUGACUGAACCACCCCAAGAUAUUCAUGACUCGGAUGAAAUGGAUCCAUCAAGCAAUGAAAUGAACGAUGAUGAAGAUGAAAAUAUUCAACAACAACCCUCAACACUUGGUGAAUCAUCCUCUCAAUCAACAUUUGGUGGAUUUGAAAAGAUAUCCCUUGAAGAAUUACUAUUCAAAGCAACAAGUGGUAAAAAUCUAACCAUGUAUUCCAGUAAUGACCAAGAUCCAUAUCUCAAAAAAGGAGAUAGUGAUUCAAGUGAAGAAGCUGAUUUUGAAUUAAAGCCAAAUGAUUUACCUCUUGUUGCCAUUCAUAACGAAGAAGAUGGACUCACGACAUUACAAGUUUGGAUUUAUGAGCAAGAAGAAGAUAAUUUAUUUAUUCAUCAUGAUUUAUUAUUAGCUAAUUAUGGAUUGUGUACUCAAUGGUUGAAUUUAAAGAAUAUUAAUCAACCUGGUAAUUGUAUUGCAAUUGGAACCUUUGAGCCACAAAUUGAAAUUUGGGAUUUAGAUGUUGUUGAUCCUAUUGAGCCAAUUAUGGUAUUAGGUGAACAAGAAGUAGAUGCUAAAAAAAAGAAGAAAAAGAAUGCUGCCAAUUCAGCAGUAACUUCACACAGAGGACCAAUUUUAAGCAUGUCUUUUCGGUCCUCUGAUUCUAAAUUAGCAAGUGGAAGUGAAGAUCGAUCGGUCAUUAUUUGGGAUCUCUCAACACAAAAAGCAUUUUAUCAUUUGAAGAAUGUUGGUUCAUCACCUAUUCAAGGAGUUCAAUUCCAUAAUACCGAACAACAUAUUUUGUUGGCAUGUCCAAUUGCAGACAAGUGUUGUAAAGUGUAUGAUGCUCGACAACAAUCUCCAAAACCUAAACAAUAUCAAUUCUCUCAAAAUGGUGGAGAUGCUGAAUGUUGUUUAUGGAACCCAAAUAAUCCAUUCGAGUUUGUUGUUUCUCAAGACAAUGGUUUUGUGACCUGCUUUGAUAUCAGAAAGGAAGGUUCAAGUGGUCCGGCUUGGAACAUCAAAGCUCAUCCAGAUUCAUCAUGUUCAUGCCUAAGUUUCUCAACGAUUAAGAGCAAUUUAAUGGCCUCAGUAGGCAGUGAUGGGUGUGUAAGAUUGUGGAGUACCAAAUCCAAUGUUCCCGAAUUAGCAUUUACAAAGAACGUCAAGAAAAGUAUGGGUGAAAUAUUUACAUGCUCCUUUGCUCCAACAACUUUGAACGAUGACAUUAUUCUUGCCUAUGGUGGAUCGGGAGGAAAUUUGGGUGUAUUCAAUGUGUCAGCUCAAGCCAAAAAGGGCGGUAGCUCAACUACAGCAACAUCUUCCAAUCAGUAA